UGCACGUUUAAACUUUAUAAUAUCGAUAGAACAUGUCGGGUCACAAAUCCGUCAAGGUAUUAUCGCGUUUGUUAAUAAAGGUUUUAUGACGUGUUAUUUCUGUGUUAAACCGAGUGAAGAACGUGUAAAAAAAUAUUGUUAGUCAUAUAGUUAGCUAGCUGACGUUAGACUUUGGGGGUUUUCCAGAGUGAAUUAAUUUACAUUAUUUCGUCAAUGUAAUUUUAUAAAGAAUCAAUUGAUUUGAGAUUUAUGAGUUCGUUUGACAUGUUUAUUAUUAUUGUAACGACCCUGGGUUUAUUAGCGCGGAAAUCGACUCUCCAGUACGAGCGUGCUUUUGCGGAACAGUCGAUAGCGCGCGGGACUUCGGGCUAGAAGGUCGAGGGUUCGAGACCUGCUCCCUGCUGUUUCAUUACAUUAUUAUUUCCAUAUGUUCACGAGCUGGUAAAAUGGCGGAGCCUCUCGGUCUGAGUCAAUAGACUUGCAGGCAGUGCGGAUGCACCAGAGAGACAAUUUCAGGGUUGUUCUACUGUUUAGAAGCAGAAUGUCAUGUUCAUCUGAUUUCUACAUGUCACUGUAACAAUAUUCAGACACGUUCAGUUUCUAUAUUUAUCUAUAAUUGUUACUAUGGUGUGAAUGAGAAAUACAAUCGGUUUUUGUGAGUGAAAUAAGUAGAAAAUAGUACAUAGUUCUGCUUCAAACAAACUGCAAACUUGUAUUAAUUGUUUAUUUAGUAAUUUAUGCAUUUACGUAAAUUUAGGUAGUCUACUUUAUAUUGAGUGCACUUAGGGGGUGAACACUAUUUACAAUUAAGGACCUCUGAAAGGAAAAUGGAUGGCCGUCCCAUCAACAAAAUAUAUUUGACCUAAACCCUCCCUGAAUGCUUGCUUUUGGACAUUUUCUUCAGUAAAAGAGGCCUGGUGGGUGGAGGAAUAGUAUUUUUUUUGGACUAGGCCUAAUCAACAACAAAAUCACAGCACAGCCAUUGGUUAUGCAGCAUUAAACACGUUUGGGAUUAACACACACAGAGCAGGCCGGGGCUCAGGGUUGGAAUAACCUUUGCUGUGUGUAAUGCAGCCUAGUUGUAUUUACACCAUCCCAGCAACUAUCUAAGAAAUACAGUAUAACUUUGCUCUGUGCUUCUCCCAGCAUGCACUUCGUAUCCUAUAGGCUACGGAUCACUUGAUUGACAUCACACUAAAUAGCCUAUAGUCACACCUGAUAUUGUGAGCCCAGCAGAGAAUCAGAGAUGAGGGGCGGUAUCGGCCACACAUUGAUAUAUUUAAGCGUUAAGGCCAGAGGGGGUUUGUUAUAUGUCCAAUAUACCAUGGCUAAGGGCUGUUGUGGAGUGCCUGGAUACAGCCCUUAUCCCUGAUAUAUUGGACAUACACCACAAACCCUUGAGGUGCCUUAUUGCUAUUAUAAACUGGUUACCAAUGUAAUUAGAACAGUAAAAAGUAAUGUUUUGUCAUACCCGUGGUAUAUGGUGUGAUAUACCACGGCUGUCAGCCAAUCAGCGUUCAGGGUUCGAUCCACCCAGUUUAUAAAGCCUAAUAAGCAACUAAUUCUAAAACACUGAGAAAUAUUGACAUUUCAUCAAUUAUAAAUGACAUGACCCUCUUCUGGACUAGAUUAAAACAAUACUAAACCCUCCCCUUGACUGAAAUUGAAAAAGCAUAACCCUCAUUUUUCUCCAGGUAACCAUUCUGUACAUUUAGAUCCAUCUCUUACGUUGGGUCAUUUAAAGUGUGAACUUUGUCUAAUGUGAAUUAAUAUUUUGUUGUCAAUGUUUAGCUACCUGAUCUGUUGAAAUGAGAUAAUUGAACAAGAAAAACAUCUAUUUUUAGAGAAUAAAGAAAGUGCCAGAACUGUCAAGAGAAUAAUUUUUUGUGUCCGUGUCUCUUUAUUACGACUGGCCGACUCAGAUUAAGUCUGAGGCCGGUAACAUCAACAGUGAGGACAAACCCAGCCUGCCUCUCUCCUUCCACACUGAGUCCAAACCUACAGUUACUGGGUCCUGAUUGUGACAGUGGAGCCAGGUUUGCACUGCAGGAUCCAGAGAUGGCAUCAGUGAAGCUGGAAGACUGCAGUCAAACACUGGAGCUGAAUGUCAACAUUAAAGAUGAAGAAGAGGAGGAGAAGAUUAGGACAACUGUUAAUCAUGGAGACCAUGUUGAGACAUUCUCUACAUCCAGAGAGCAACAGCAGGAAGAUCACAGAGCUAAGAGGUCUCACCACUGCCCACAUUGUGAGGCGAUUUUCCCAAUUAUAUCAAAGCUAAAAUUACACCUAAAAAUACACACAGGAGAGAAUCUGUAUUCCUGUACUGACUGUGGGAAGAGAUUCACAACAUCAAGGGCUCUGAAACUUCAUCAGAGAGUGCACACUGGAGAGAAACCUUACUACUGCUCGUACUGUGGGGAGAGUUACUCUCAACAGAGCAACUUCAAAAAACACCAACGUCUACACACAGGAGAGAAGCCUUACUCCUGCUGUGACUGUGGAAAAUGCUUUACAACAUCAUCUGAGCUAACAGUUCAUCAGAGAACACACACUGGAGAAAAGCCUUACAUCUGCUCUGACUGUGGGAAGAGUUUCUCCCACCUGUGUAACUUUAAAGCACACCACCGUAUACAUUCAGGAGAGAAGCCAUACUCCUGCUCUGACUGUGGGAAGAAUUUCUCCCGAUUGUAUACCUUAAAAUCACAUGAACGUACCCAUACAGGAAAGAAGCCUUACUCCUGUUCUGACUGUAGGAAGAGUUUUUCUCACCAGGGUAGCUUUAAAGCACACCAACGUAUACACACAGGAGAGAAGCCAUACUCUUGCUCUGACUGUGGGAAGAGUUUCUCUCAACAGAGCAACUUAAAAACACACCGACGUAUACACACAGGAGAGAAGCCUUACUACUGCUCUGACUGUGGGAAGAGUUUCUCUCAAGAGAGCAACUUAAAAACACACCAACGUAAACAUAAAGGAGAGAAGCCUUACUACUGCUCUGUCGGUGGGAAGAAUUUCUCUACAGAACCGAUUAAAAACACACCAAGGUAUACAUAAAGGAGAGAAGCCUCGUCAGUUCUCUCAGACCAGCUGAGAUUAAAAUUAAGUGAUGGAGUGAUUUUAAUCUCAUUGCUUGACUUGAACUGAAAUAUGUGCCGGUACUUAUUUUGGGUGCCGGUACUGUUUAUAUUUAGCUUCAGGACCUCCACCAUAUUUUUGAGCUAAUCUAUAACAGGAACAGGAGCUCAAGCAGUAGAACACUUGAGGUCCUGGUACUCCGCUCCGGUAAGUUCCUGCCCAAGUCAAGCGCCGGUACUCACAACAUGUAUCAGAUAGAGAUGGUGUGAUGAUCAGUUCUCUGUGGGAAUGAGUUAGUAGACACAACAUGCAUCAGAUAGAGAUGGUGUGAUGAUCAGUUUUCUGUGGGAAUGAGUUAGUAGACACAACAUGUAUCAGAUAGAGAUGAUGUGAUGAUCAGUUCUCUGUGGGAAUGAGUUAGUAGACACAACAUGCAUCAGAUAGAGAUGGUGUGAUGAUCAGUUUUCACUAUUAGUUUGGGGGGGGAUUGGUUUUUACUACAUAGUUAUUUGUUUAAUGAUACACAGUCUCUGAAACAA